AUGGACGUCCCCGUUACCCCCAGCGCCUCUGCCGGGUCUCCCACGCCUCCCCUCUCGUCGGAACGCAUCAAGAACGCUGCGGACAUCUCAGUCAUUGUCAUCUAUUUUCUGGUGGUCAUGGCCGUGGGGCUGUGGGCCAUGCUGAAGACCAAUCGAGGAACAGUGGGAGGCUUCUUCCUGGCUGGCAGGGAAAUGGUGUGGUGGCCAAUUGGUGCCUCUCUCUUUGCCAGUAACAUUGGCAGUGGCAGCUUCGUGGGACUGGCUGGGACUGGUGCAGCCUCAGGAAUUGCUGUUACUGUGCUUGAGACAAAUGGCUUGCCAUUGCUGCUGGUCUUAGGCUGGCUGUUUGUCCCCAUUUACAUCAAGGCCGGGGUGGUGACGAUGCCUGAGUACCUGAUGAAGAGGUUUGGAGGGAAGAGGAUUCAGAUCUACUUCUCUGUCCUUUCCCUGUUUGUAAAUGUGAUCAUGAGGAUCUCGGUGGACAUAUUUUCUGGAGCCAUAUUCAUCAGACUGGCCCUUGGGUUGGACCUUUACCUAGGCAUCUUCAUCCUACUGGUCAUCACGGGGAUCUUCACUAUUUCAGGUGGCUUGGCAUCUGUGAUUUACACUGACGCCCUGCAGACAGUCAUUAUGCUGGUCGGCUCUUUCAUCCUCACUGGCUAUGCUUUUGCAGAAGUGGGAGGGUAUAAGGCCUUCACUGAGAAGUACAUGCAAGCUAUCCCAUCUGUCAUCACAGAAAACAAUGUAACUCUGCACCCAGAAUGCUACACGCCCAAAGCAGACUCCUUCCACCUUUUCCAGGAUCCCAUCACCGGUGAACUCCCAUGGCCAGGAAUUGUCAUUGGAAUGAACCUUGUUUCUGUUUGGUACUGGUGCACAGACCAGGUGAUUGUUCAGCGGUGCCUCUCAGGGAAGAACCUGUCCCAUGUGAAGGCCGGCUGCAUUUUGUGUGGCUACCUGAAACUGCUGAUCCUCUUCGUCAUGGUGAUGCCUGGCAUGAUCAGCCGCAUUCUGUACCCAGAUGAAAUUGCCUGUGUCGUGCCUUCGGAAUGUGAGAAAUACUGUGGCAUCAGUGUGGGCUGCACCAACAUGGCCUACCCAAAGCUGGUGAUAGAGCUUAUGCCAGAUGGUCUUCGGGGACUGAUGUUGUCUGCCAUGUUGGCAUCACUCAUGAGCUCCCUCACCUCCAUCUUCAAUAGUUCCAGCACACUGUUCACCAUUGACAUCUAUACCAAAAUUCGAAAGCAAGCAUCAGAGAGAGAGCUUCUGAUAGUGGGAAGGUUGUUCAUCCUCAUCAUGAUUGCCCUUAGCAUUGCUUGGGUCCCAAUAGUCCAGGUGGGUCAAAGCGGUGAACUUGUCCAGUAUAUAGAGUCAAUAUCAAGCUACCUCGGUUCCCCCAUUGCAGCUGUGUUCCUGCUUGCCAUCUUCUGCAAGAGAGUUAAUGAGCAGGGGGCUUUCUGGGGACUGAUGUUUGGACUUGUGAUUGGCCUAAUUCGUAUGAUUGCUGAGUUUGCCUAUGGGACAGGCACCUGCAUGUUCCCCACCCAGUGUCCCAAGAUCAUCUGUGGAUGGCAUUUCUCCUAUUUUGCCAUUGUCCUCUUCACCUUGACAGCCUUGGUUGUACUUGGUAUCUCCCUAAUGACAAAACCCAUUCCUGACAUACAUCUGCACCGCCUUUGCUGGGCUCUCCGCAAUAGUGAGGAAGAACGCAUUGACCUGAAUCCUGAGCAAUAUGGACAAGAGGAAGCUGGAGACCAGGUGGAAGGAGAUGGCCCAGAGGAAUCACAAGGGUGCUUUAAGAGGAUCUGGAAUGCAUUCUGUGGGCUGGAUACAAAGAAAGGCCCCAAGCUGACCAAGGAGGAGCAGGCUGCCAUGCAGAAGCAGCUGACAGAUACAUCUGAAAAACCCUUCUGGAGGAACGUGGUGAAUGUCAACGCCAUCUUGAUCAUGACUGUGGGUGUCUUCUACCAUGCUUAUUUUGCCUGAGCCCUGCCUGGGGCUUCAGAGCAGGGACAACCAAGCUUAGAAAACCAACCCUCCUUUUCCCUCUUAGCCCUUCACUGGGCUGUGGAAGGGCAGUAAAUAGGCAUAAUUGAAAACUGGUGAGGAGGGAAGGAAAAAAGAAAGAAAGGAAGAGAGGAAUGAUGAAGGAGACAGAGAGAGAGUGUGUCUAAAAAGGGUUUCACAGAAUCUCAGGGCUAAAAAAGCUUUCCAAGAUAUCUGGUCCAGCUCAUACCGGAUCAAGAAUCCUAUCUACACCCUCCUUGACUCAUCCAGCUUCUACUUCAUGACAUCCAGUGAUGGGAAACUCACUACUGACCAAAGCAGCCUUUGGGACAACUCUAACAGGAGGAAGAUUUUGGCCUCAUA